CACUUUGUGUUUGGUGGGAGUCGUUUCCGGCGGUUCCCUGGUAACAAUGGAGAAGGAAAUGGCCGCCUGAACGACGUGCAGGGCAGCGGCCAGCCUCUUCCACUGAGUCUCCCCAACCGGGCUCAGACGAGGGUGGCAGGAGGCGGGAACAGUCGCCGAAGGCCCUGCGGUGGAGUCGCGUCCCAUCAGCGACCCCUAAUUUAGAACUUGGAGGGAAGAGAAGCAAAGUGCACAGUGUGUUGUGGCAGCUGAGUGAUGCUAAGGUUACCUUGACUUCUUAUUUUCAAAGUUUUGGCAUGUUUCCUGAGUUUUGGAACUUCAAGCAUAUUGAUAGUACUUUAAGGUUUGCACAGUAAUUUACAAAUUUUACCUCAUUUUACUCCUACAUCAACUCUAGGAGAUAAUUUGCAUUCAUCUGCCACAAUGGACAACUCAGAUUCUAACGAUAAAGGAAAUGUUGACCAGUCUGAAUCACAACGUAGACGUCAACUGGAUCGAUUGGAUCGGGAAGAAGCAUUCUACCACUUUGUGAAUAAUCUGAGUGAAGAAGAUUAUAGGCUUAUGAGAGAUAACAAUUUACUAGGUACUCCAGGUGAAAUAACUGAAGAAGAAUUACUGAGAAGACUUCAUCAAAUCAAAGAAGGUCCCCCACAGCAAAACAAUGAUGAGAAUAGAGAAUCAACAGAUGAUGUCUCUAACAGUGAUUCCAUCAUCGACUGGCUUAAUUCAGUCCGACAGACCGGAAAUACAACAAGAAGUGGACAGAGAGGAAAUCAAUCUUGGAGAGCAGUGAGCAGGACUAAUCCAAAUAGUGGUGAUUUCAGAUUCAGCUUGGAAAUAAACGUGAACCGUAACGGGACCCAGAAUACAGAGAAUGAAAAUGAGCCGUCCGCAGAAUCUUCCAAUAGAGAAGAUAUAGAAAAUAAUAGCCCAAGUGGCAUGGAAAGUUCAGCAUCCGAGUCAUCGUUCAUCAGACAGCAUGGAUCCGAGAGGAAUGCCCUUGAAGAAUUAACUGAAGAAAUAACUCUUCCCAGAGGCCAGAGAAGAGCAAGAAGCAGGAGCCCAGAGCAACGGAGGAUCCGAGCGAGGACCGACAGAAGUAGGUCACCUUUGAUUUCAGUAACCGAGCUUCCCCGAAGAGGCCAUCACAGUGUCACAUCUCAGACUUUUGACCAUGCUAUGACAAGUGACGCUGAGGGGAGUUCCAGAACCAGACAGCAUGUGACAUUAAGACAACACAUGAUGGGAGCAGAACUGUCGAAUGAAAAUGCCAUUUCGUUUUCAGCUUCUGAGAUGAGAAACAUCCCUCAGGCUUCGGGUUCUUCAGAAACCAGUGGCAGCAAUGAAUCUCUGGCUCCUGGACAGAGACCGCCAACUAUAGUCCUUGAUCUUCAAGUGAGAAGAGUUCGUCCUGGAGAAUAUAGACAGAGAGAUAGCAUAGCUAGCAGAACUCGCUCGAGAUCUCAGUCAACAAACAACACGGUCACUUACGAAAGUGAACGUGGAGGGUUUAGGCGUACUUUUUCACGGUCAGAGAGAGCUGGAGUAAGAACUUAUGUCAGCACUAUCAGAAUUCCCAUUCGUAGAAUCCUUAACACAGGAUUAAGCGAGACAACUUCAGUUGCAAUUCAGACAAUGUUAAGACAGAUUAUGACUGGUUUUGGCGAAUUAAGCUACUUCAUGUACAGUGAUAGUGAUACAGACCCUAGUGGCCCAUCCCUAAGCCCAAGUCUCGAAGACUCAGAUCUUCAGAAUGCAGGAUUGGGUAGCAGUAGCAGCAGCGGAGGUGGUGUCAGUGCUAGCACUAGUGCUGGCGGAGGUCCCAGUAGCAGCAGCAGCAGCAGCUCCAGCAUUGAAAGUUUAGAAACUAGCUCUGAGUUAUACGAUGGUAGCAACGAAGGAAGCUCAUCAGGUGUUAGACGGGAAGGUAGAAAUAGGGACAGGAAUUCGGUUACGUUUGAAGAAAGCGGUUCUUUACCCUUUCUCAGUCUAGCUCAGUUUUUCCUCUUGAACGAGGAAGAUGAUGACCAACCAAGAGGACUCACCAAAGAACAGAUCGACAACCUGGCCAUGAGAAAUUUUGGUGAGAGCGAUGCGUUCAAAACCUGUAGCGUCUGUAUCACUGAAUACACUGAAGGCAACAAGCUUCGAAAACUGCCUUGCUCUCACGAAUACCACGUCCACUGCAUCGACCGCUGGUUAUCGGAAAAUUCCACCUGUCCCAUUUGUCGGAGAGCGGUCUUAACCUCUGGAAACAGAGAGAGUAUGGUCUAACUGAGAUCUGGACUUUGAGCUAGCUGUUUGGCUGUUUAGAGCAAUGGGCAAAAACCGAACAUAAGAUGUCACUUGUUUUAUGGCCACUUUUUGAGUGGUGUUAAGUGUAAUAUCCUGGAGUGCAUCUUUGCUUCCAAUAAAAUGUUCACCCCUUUUCCCAACUCCUAUCUGAAAUAAAAGCCAGCUACUUUAAACAGCAACAUUUUAGGGCCCGGAAAUCUGACUUCGAAUAUCAACAAGUCUUGAUUUUGUUCAACAUAAUUUUACCAUAUUUUUGGUUUCUCUUAAUUAUUUUUAAAAAGAUGUCUUAGAGAUGGGUCCUCUCAGUUUCCAUUUUGAUCUUGAAAGAUCCAGCCCCAUCCCAUCCAGGAGAGAGCCAUGUGAAAUGGAAGCCCAGGUUGGAAUGAGAUUUCAUGUAAAUUUGUUUUUUUACAUUCAAGCUCUACCAUCUCCAGCCAUUAGUUUAAAUUCACCUAAAUCGAUCGUAUAAUUUGUUAUAAUUACAGAUUAGAUGGGCAUGUCAGUGUAAAUAACACUAAAGGUAGGGUCUUCUAAUUGUAUAGCUGUCUCCUAAGCCAAUCACUGGCACACACUGUAGAGUGAACUAUGAUAGUAUAAUUGGGAUAUUUAUCUUGUUGUGGAAAUAAUAAAAAUGCCUAUGCUUGCUUAAAUAAAAAUCACUGGGGGGGUGGGGUUAAAAAUGUAAGGCUUUUUUUGUAGAGGCUCAAUACUCUUUCCAGUUCAGUGUUGUAUUCAAUGAAAAUUUAAAAAGCACUCUGCUUAGAUGUAAAAACGAUGACAUUUCAAAUGAGGGCCAGUAUCUGUAGAAACACACAAUGAUACAAAGCUGUAUUUGUUACAUAUAUGAUUGUCAAGAACAACUUAUCUAGAAUUACUCUUUAUAUGAACAGCUAUAGUAACUUGAAAUGAGCAGGGCCAAGUUCAGAACUUAGUCCUAUGAUUGUAUUCAAGACCAAUAAAGAGCAUUUUUGCAAUGAUUGAAACUUCAGGAAUGCCAUCAGUAAGGAAGGAAGUGAUGGGUAGCUUUGGGUAGGAGGAAGGUAAGAGGAGAGAAAGCUCUGAAGAGCUUAACUUGCACUUGGUCAGGUGUAGUCAUUCCAAUGUGCCAGUUUUACACGAAGAGGUCAACACAGGCUUGAUGCCAUUUAUUCUGUUUGAGUAGAUGAAGGGGCUGUGUUGAAUUUUCAGCAACUUUGAUUGCGUUUUUGGUUUUGUUUUGUGUUGUUUUUUAAACAGACAAACAAACAAACAAACAAAAGACCACCAGACCACACAGGACAGAACUGAAAUAUUCACUCUUUUCUCAAUGUUACAGGCUAAUCUGCCCCAAAAGUGAUAGUGGCGGUGCAAAAGUUAAAAAUCAUUUUAGCCGAAUUCUAGUUGCUACAGAAACGAUCUCUGAGUGGAAGAGCCUCGAGGUUUUGUCACUUCAGAGUUUUGCUAUUUAAAAUUUACAACAUGCUUAGUCUAUCUUAGUUAUUGUCCCAUUAUGUAUGUAUACACACACACACACACACACACACACACACAAUCUUUUGUUUCUUCCUUUAAAGUCCAUUUAAGAAGUUAAGCACCGCUCCCCUCCCCCAGUUUGUUGAAGUGUUAAUAAUAUUGGGCUUUAUUUGAUAUUUAGAACUCAAAUGUGCUAUUCUGUCCUGUAGUUGAAGAUUUCACUACUGAGAUUCCCCUUCCUCCACCCGUUGGUGGUCUACCACUAGCACACAAGCACACCUGUAGCUUGUUUUCUUGGUAGUGGGGCAGGAUGUGUGAUGAUGCCCAACGACUUGUAUGGUGCCACGUGUGACCAAGAGAUGCGCCCGAGAUCUCUGCCUCGGGGGAAGCUCAUGGAACGGGAUUUUUUUGUUUGUUUGUUUGUUUUGUUUUGUUUUGUUUUUUACAAAGAGCGACUUUAAACGGCUCAAAAUGGGAUCGAGCUCCGUGUCCUUGGCCUAGUUCUAACCGUAUGGGCUGAGGGGGCCAGGCACAUUGAAAUGUCCUUCAAAGUAAACAAUCGAAUCUGCUUUGGACAUUAUCUAGGUACCUUAACCAGCAUUAGCCUGGCAGUUUACUAAGAAUUUGUGCUGCUAUUGCAAUGAAGGUCCAAAAGAUCCAAAGUCUCAUUUAAAAAAAAAAAUGAGCAGAGGUCAUUUUUGUGCUGUAUCCAUGACCAAUUUUGUCCUAUGUUUAAAAGUGAAAUUGGAUGUUGACGUUCCGGAAUUCCAUUCCGUUCCGGAACGGAGCCUUGCUGCCUUUUCUGAGGCUGCGCAAGCCACUCUGCGAGUCCACGGGACUGGUUUUCUGAUUGGUUAGAAGUGAUCUUCCCUCGGAGCAUUACAUUACAUCGCCCGGGGAAGAAGUGGGACACGGCCAACCUCAGCCGCCUUUGAACCAAACCAAAUGCAGCACGUUUUAGGCAUAGAAGCAGUUCUCGUUGAGGACAGAGCACCUCUAGCCGUCUAUCUUUACCUUCUGUGAUGUAUUCUUUUAGCAAGUAUUAAAGAAGCGGCUCAUAUAGAAAGUUAACACUAAUGAACGUGGGUGUGGGAGCUGUUCUCCAUAGGCACUGGAAACAGUUUGAAUUUUUAUUUUGCGGUAGAAUGCACAUGACGCUUCUAACACAGAAGCACCUUUUUUCAGAAGCACUCAUUACUCUUCUAUUGGAUUGUGAAUGGGGUUUGUGACUUAAUUAUAAAUACUUUAUUUUUUAACUUUACAAAUUUGUAACUUAUGUAUCUUACUGGGAAUAUGGAGAUUGACUUAAGCCCCAAACAUUAGCUGGGGUCGGAUCAGAUGUACAGUGGAGAGCAAAAAUUUAUAUAUAUUUUCCCAACUUGCCUAUUGUUUUGAAGGGCCUGUUCUCUCUCUCUCUCUCUCUUUUUUUCAUUGUACAUCUCUAGUGUUAGUUCAUUGCAUAACAGCUCUCUCUCUAAAGUCUGUGUGCAAUGUAGCAACAAGAUAGAGGCAGCAUUAUAUAGUGGAUAGAGAGCUGGCUUUGGGGCCAGAAGCCCUGGGUUCGAAUCCUUUUUGACACACAAUGUGACCCCGGGCCGAUUCACUUAACCGAUCUCUCAGUGCUUAAAGCAACUCUCUAUGACUGUUACUGCAGAGGAAGAGGGGGAGUUCCAUGCUGGAAGUUCCCUACACCAGUGGAAUUGGGUCUUGGCUAACCAACGACCACAACAAAACACCCCGAGAAAUAUGAUUUAACUGUUAAGUUGGGGGGGGGGGUUACUGAAAACCAGAAAGUUUUCUGGAGUGUUUUUAUUUUAAAUAAUUACAAAUGUUUUGAAGGAUUUUUUGUUUGGAGACUUAAGCAGUUGCUAAACUCAACUGAGAUUUGUUAGUGUUAGGUUCUACAAGUGCAAGCUUUCUCAGUAACACUUAAUAUUGAAGCACUUUGAAUAACUGCUCAGAAAAGUACACCUCCCUCACUCUUAAAUGAGGUUCUGGAAGGUUUGCUUGGGGGGGAGGGGAGAGACAGAUCGUUCCUGUCACACUAGUAACAAGAUAUUUAGGCUUUAGAAUUUCAUUUGACUCAGUAAUCUUUAAGCUGUUUUCUCAGAUGUUGACCUUUAUCUGAAUCUUUAGAAACUGGUCGGGUAUUGGCCUUAAUUCAAGUAAUUUUUCUUUUAUAAAACGUCCCUUCCUCGCCCCACCUCCCUCCGUCCCCUCCAAAAUAAAUAAAAAAUCCUUCAGGUGCUUAGUGUCAAGAUUUCUGAAAUUUUAUUUACUGAUUUGAAUUUGAUUUCUCUUUACCAAAUGGGGAUGGCUUGAAGAAGACUAUCUUUAAGCUUAGUCAUAAUCCAAAUACCUGUCUCAUAGGGAGGGUAAGGAACAUCACGGAGCUAUUCUCUCUAUGGUCAGUAAUUUAUUUGAACUGGCUCACAGCGACACCUUGUGGCCAACAUUUUAUCAACACUUGCAACAAGGGAGGAUUUUCAAGUCUCAAAAAUAAGAUAGGUUUUCUGCCUUAAAAAACAAAAAACAACCAAAAAAAAAAAAAAAAAAGCUGUUAAAGGUUUUUUUUUUCCCUUAAAUGAUUACCUGUUAAAAAUUUACUAAUUUUCCAGUUCGAAAAAGCCAAAAUAUGCCUGGCAUGGACCUAACCGAUGACUAUAUCAUCUCCUUAAACAUACAAGGCACCUAUUUUUAAGGUAUAAUGUAUUUUCAGUAUUUUCUUUUGGUAAAUAAUGACAGUGCUGUCAUCUACCCGUCUGUGGGGUAGAUGUAACAUAUACUUGUAAUUGGGGUGGGGGGUGACCUUUGGGACGAUAAGGCAGCGAGUCGCAGCGAUCGGCGAUCGCAAAGAUUUGAGCAGAAAGACGCACGCGACUCUUUUUAACUCUUUGAAUCCUAAGCUGAUGAUGAUUUGCUGCCUGCCCUUUCUUUAACUUUCCAGUUUUGAAAUCAAGGGCCUUUGGUUUCACAAAAUUGCUAAACAAUUAUCCUUAGCGAGUUUGUAGCACUUGAUUUCAGUGAGAACAUCCACCAGUUUCUGGAGUUUGGGGUCGGCCAUCUGGUGCGCUCCGUGCCAUCUCAUCAAGGCGACUCAGAAAGCAUUCUGUUCUUUAACCUUUUUGAUUACGAUCUCUUGUCGUUUCUAUAGGCACCAAAUCAAGUGUCUCGAAUCUGUUCCCGAAUACAGUUGCAGCGAGGAUUUGUUUUUUGUUCUGAAAACGGCUUUCAGAAAGCACACCCGUAGGUUGCAUUAUAGCCACCUGGGUUGAGAGAGAAAUGUGUGUAUGUGAGUAUGUAUGUCUGUGUAUAUAUAUACACACACAUCUAUCCAGAAACACAUGUAUAACAUACACGCAUAUAUACCUAUAUAUAUAUAAAUAUAUACAUAUAUAUUUGAUUGAGAUGCAGAGGUGGUUAACAAUCCUAUUACGCCACACUGUGCCUUGGUAUUUUCAAGGCUCGUCUACCAGUCCUUGUCUUGUAAACUUACUGCAGUACCUUGCAAGGUUCCCCAGCCUUCAUUCUAAAUAGUUAGCGCUCCUUUACUAAAGAUCCUUAUACUGCUGUGCUUUGGUGUGGGCUCCUGCAGAGCCCUGACACUUUCUCUCCUCUUAGCUCCUGUGUUCUGGUGCUGCUUUAGGGAGUAGGGUCGAGUCAUACUCUCGAGUAUCUAGUCCAGUAGGUGUGCAAUUGGCUUCUGUAUCUGCCUGUUUUAUCUUCUUCGGGGACGUGCUGCUAUGGGUAGAUGUUUACUUGGGUCUAUGUGACAAACCUGGGAACUUUCUGAAGCCCAUGAGAACCUGGGGGAGGGGGGGGGGAACUGGGGAAGAACAACUAACCUGGCUUUGUGUCUUGUGUCCACGAAGCCUAGAAAAUGUCUGUCGUGUGAAAACUAACCAGUGCUUGUCAUCCCGCGGCUUCCCGACCUGCAGGAGAGGCUCUCCCUUCUUUCAUUCCAGAAACAGAAUGGAGCUCAGAAUGAAUCUAUUUGGCUGCCUUGCUUUCCCUGAUUUCUCGUUUUUUUCCUUCAGUUUGAUCUGAACUCAAAACUCUCCUCCAGCAGAUCUUUUGGUUGGGAAGUCCUGUGUUUAAAUGAGAUUGUAUUGCAUUUCCUUUUUUUUUUUGUACAAUGUUUUAAAUCUGUUAAAAAUGAACUUGUUUAUUUCAAAGCAAAACCCUGAAGGGCCAUAUUAAAACAGUUUAUUCUUGAUAGUUAUCUUUUGGGAGGAGUUUAUUUCCUAUGUAAAUGUCAUACUGCAAAUUUAAAUUAUAGUCUAUCAAUAAAAUGCAUGAAGUGAUCA